AUGGGCCAUAUAUUCAUUUCUAAUAUAAGUACGCUUGAAGAUAUCUGUGAACAAAUUAUAAAGCUUGCAAAUAAAGGUACAACACCCUCGCAAAUUGGUGUACAUCUUAGAAACUUGUAUAAUUUUAAACCAAUUAAGAACAUUACGAUAAAUAAAAUUCUUCGAAUCUUGAAGUAUAAAGCAUCCGAGAUUCCUAAAGAUCUUUACCACUUGAUCAAGAAAGCAGUUGCCAUUCAUAAACACUUAGAAUAUAAUUGUAGUGAUAAGGAUUCUAAAUUUCAGUUAAUUUUAAUAGAAUCAAGAAUCUACUGCCUUGCCAGAUUCUAUAAAACAUCAGGACAACUUCAUCCAGACUGGAAAUUGUAUCCUUAG